AUGUCAUACCUACUAAAACAGCUAAAAUUUGGAAUACUAGCAAAACCUAACUGUGAAAUCGGUAAUGUCAGUUACUCUUCUUUUACUAUAGCCACAUGUGCCUUGGUGGAUCCUGAUCGGUGCACAAAAAAGUUCGGUUACUGUAGAAGACGCUGCUUUAAAGAUGAAAAACAAAUUGAUAUAUGUCUCUCACCAAAUAAAAUUUGCUGCACUGAGAGCUCAUUUGAUGAAGAUUAA